CGAUUACCUGUGCAGAAAAACACGCCCAAAACGCCUGAAGAUCUCGUUUGCAGUCAUGCCCAAGACAACACAAGGAUCGGAGACGAAGAAAGAGGAGGAGGUCAGUGUGGAAUGCUCCACAUCAGCUGCCUCUGGCGAGUGUCAGGAUGACAAGGAAGGGAGCCAACAUGAAAGUGAAGAGGUUGAGCUUCGCUCUCGACAAGUCUCCAAGCGCUGGGCUGAUGUGGAGUCGGAUGAGGAAGAUGAGAACUUUCAGAUCCCUGACACGCAAGUGGGCGCCGAGCCAGCGGAGGAGAGUGGCAGCGAAAGCCCUGAGACGGAUGAGUGGCAAGAGGUGACCAAGAGCAAGAAGCCGUCGAAGACGCCGUCCACACCGGGUGCGGCACCCGGCAGCACCGCCACACCCACGAGCAGGUCCAAGGACGUGGAACGCCCCCGCGACGGGCGCCGCAACGACCGGAAUCGGAACCGCCACCGCAAGGAAGAAAAGGACCCUGAGAAGAAGGAAGGACAGCCAAGGCGCCAGACCGGGACGCGCGAGGGCGGCAACCCGAGCAGCCGUGCGAGCCGGCGCGAUGGACGGCCGCGAGGUGAGAAGGCAGAGAAGGUCGAAGGCGAUUCGACGCGCAAGGAGAAUGCCCGUGAUCGGCGCAGCUCCGGUCCCAAAGAGAACGCGACGACCCGAGAGCCUCGGGAACCAGCAUGGAGGAAGAAGAGCGACGACACCAACGAGACGCGCCAGGUGAACGAGCCAAAGCCCGAGAAGGAGUGGAGCAAACCGGAGAAGGACUUGCGCGAGGUGCGGACCCCCAAGGAGCCAAAGGUCAAGGAGGAUCAGUCCAGCCGCGGCACCGCGCCCAACGCUCGCGCCCAACGCGGCACCGCGGACGGCCCCCGCAACGAGCGAGGCUCACGCGGCGGUCAAAGGACCCGAAGGCAGAACGGUGGCCGCCCCUCUGGGCAACCCACUGCCGAGGAUUGGUUUGCCAGCCGCAUGGCCACCGCGUGAAGAUGGAGCGAAAGGUGUCGCCACUCGCGGGCGCUGGAAGGAGGGACCAUGCGAAGAACUCUCGUUCGAAGGCUGCAGGGGUACCCACUCGAAGCACCCCAAAACGGCCCCAGGGCCCUAGGACCACCAAACACUCUAUAGUCUUCAGGCAGUUCUUCAGGCUUAUGUUCUUUACUUGGGGGGAUUUAUUUCCAA